AUGAAUAAGAAGUUAUGUUUUGCUGAAGGGGACAAAGUGGUUCGCAAAGCGAUUGACGAUGUCCAUCUCUCAUUCGAUAAGUCGGAGUGGAAGAGUUUCGAUGAAGACAAAGACAUCAAUGCUCUUGUUUACAAGGCAGUCACUACUUUCGAGAACUCGGCAAUUGACUUCAGUGGCAAUCUGGACGUCGAUGAUAUGAUGAAUGAGACUUGGAGAGCGAGAGUUUUCCAUUCUGCAUUCCCAAAAUCCAUCAAAACUCUGGAAGCUUUUCUGGAUCAAUGGCACAAAAAGUACAAAUCUCGUCAUGGAACAGCUCCGAAGGAAUCUCGAGCUCAAUUGCAGAAGAGGAUUCAAAAGAAGUUUCGUGAAUGGCUCGAACCAAGUUUCCAUCAGACUCUCGAUAUGCUGUGCACUGAUUUCAAGAAGAUCGGAGAUGAUACUUUGAAAACAAUGGCUAAAAGACUGGAGGAGCGAGCAGAAUUCGAGGCCAAGGCAGCUGAGCAGAAAAACGCAACCAAGCAGGAUUCAAAACCAAUCGCGGAUAUCGCACAAGAAAUAGUAACUGCAAAAAUAGAAGAGAUGAAGGACGACAUGAAUAAGAGAUUCAAGUCACUCAGACUGGAUCCGAAAGAGCAACAGAAGGCUAUGCUUGCUGAAAAACGGAAAGAACAGGAGGAGAAAGUAGCAGAAAAGGUGAUGAAUGCAGAAAUUGACAGAAGAGCCAGACUUGGCGGAAGAAAGAGAAGAGCAAUAAAGAAAAGAGUAAAAGAUCCAACUGCAAAACAUUUGCUGAAACGUAUUCAAUUUGAAGAAGUUACACUUGAAGAUUUGAUGGAUAUCAGCAAAGAAGUGGAGCAAGAUCUGAAAAUUGAAAAUGAAAAAGCCAAGAAGCAGAAAUCAGAAGAACAGAAAGAGAAACCAAUUGAAACUGAGAAACUCGAAGUAGAAUCAGCGGAUUCUUUGUAUCAAAAAAUGACAGAAGUUUUGGACAAAGACGAAGAAAGUGAUGACGAUAACAAUCCAAUAAGAAUCAACACCGAGUUUUGGGCCGAAAGGUGGAGCUUCAAUUUACAGAGAUCUCGCGAGAACAUGAUGCAGAGAAUGCAAAAAAAUCAGCAACGUGAUGAUCUUGUCGACACCUACAAUACCACUCUUACGAAGAAAACUUUGAAACAACUCCUGAAUCGAAAAUAA